AUGGCCAAAGCCUCGACGAUGACCACAUCCACGACCCAGCACAUCUUUGUCAGCCAAAUCAACUGCACCUCCACCUACAUCGAGAUGGACGUGUCCUCCACGCGCUUCGAUCCGACCUUCCUGAAGGAGCUGGCCGCGAUCACGGACGAGAUGCAGAUGAUGUCCAUCUUUGACAGGUUCGGCACCUACUACAUGACCAGCGCGUACAUGGGCGGCAAGCUUGUCCAGAUCACCACAACGUCUGAGUCGAUUAGCAGCCAGGAGAAGGAGUCCGAGUGGUCUGUGGCCGCCUCGCUCACCCUAGGAGGCUCGGUCAACUGGCCAGGAUUCCACGCCAAGUCCACACUGACCCUCAGCGGAGGCUAUAGCACCUCGAGCUCAAGCUCCAGCUCCAUGGAGAGCAAGUCAUCGACCUCGAACAUCAUGGUCUACGGUGGCGCUCCUGCUGCCUUUGGCCCCGCCAGCUCGGCCACCACUUACCAUGGAUGGACGCCCUCCAUUGACCUGUUGCCCGUGCCCUUGGACUUCAAGGUGGCGCCGCUCCGUGAACUGAUCCCCUCUCAGUGGACCAUCAAGCUGGACCAGAAAGAUGUCCCCAUCAAGGACAUCUGGAAUCGUAUGGAGGCGUUGUACUAUGAGAUGAAUGGAAUUCAGGACGUCUACUACACGGGUGAUUUCAAGUACACAUUGGUCAUGAAUCUGGAUCCAACGACCAGCAGCUUCACUCCGAAGCAGAGUAUAACUAUCGACUGGAUCGACCAGGCUGGCAAAGACCAGACGUUCUCCACACUGAUCCGAUACCUCCACGUCGACACCGAUGGCUCUGAGCGCGAGUUCUCCUUCCCCAGCACCAACAACAAGUAUCCCUUUGGAGACAAUUGUCAACAGUCUCCAUCUGACCCAAUCCCACCAAUGGUGUUCUGGGGCAAAGCCUGCAUCCGUGGCUCCCAAGCCAUGCCAACCAUGAUAGUCUUUGAUUUCAACGGCCCGGAUUUCAUGGGCAGCAAGACACCGCCCAACAUCUCGGUCGCAGGUGUUCCGGGACUGACCUCCGGUGCUCUGGUGUCAUGGACUACAGGUGAGGGCUUGCUCAUUGGCGCGGAUGGCCAUCUGAAUACCCUGGCCGCCAACUCUGUGGCCACCUUCAUCCAAUAUGAGCGUGCUAUCUAUGGUAACAACUCGGCACCGUUCCGCCGUAUUCCGAAUUGCCCAGACCUCUGCAUCCAGACAAGACUGGGCGAAUUCAAGUUCCUCACGCCGGCGACGUAA